AUGGUGGUCUGCAAGUUCUAUGAGCAGGGGACCUGCAAGUUUGGAAACAGCUGCCGGUUCGAACAUCCGAGAGGCCAGUCGAACAACCGAUUCGCUGCCUUUGGCGCAAACUCUGGAGGAGGAUUCAACCGCGGUGGUGGAAACGACGCGGCGCCAUACCUCUUGUCAAAAGAGACUAUCGAAAAGGAUCUGACCUCCGAGCAACCACAAUGGAUCUUGUCUGCGUACGGGCCAGGGAGGGACGCCCCGGAACAGCUGUUUGGCGGACCGAUGCGCGAACAGAGCUUUGAAGAGAUGAGGCUUCAUCACGUCAUCGCGACAGCGUCCGGAAACCCUCAGCAAGCGCUUAACCAAGCUCAAGAGCUGUACCAGCAGGCUCAGCAGCAGAUGACGGCGGCGGUUGGAAACCUGGACGGUGCGAUCCAGUUCAUCAUCUCCGCCGAGCAGAAACACCCCAAUCGAAUCGACAUUUGCAAGCAGGGUACUUUGCCUGGAGGUACGACAGGAGAGUUCGCCGUUGGAAGGCGGGCGACUUCUUCUCUCGGCCAACAGAACCCUUUCUCAUCCAACGCGUCUUCUGGCGCGACAGCGAAUCCGUUCUCUGGCGGCAACCAGACAACAUCAGCCUUUGGCAGCGGGCCCUCAUCAACUGGCAGUGCCUUUGGACAAGCCUCUUCCCUAGGGCAAAAGCCGAAUCCCUUCGGCACACCCUCUUUUGGACAGACAUCGCAGCCUACAUCAGCCUUUGGGCAGCCGUCAUCGACACCGGCGUUUGGUCAGGCUUCUCAACCGACUUCAGCAUUCGGCAGCCAGGCGCAAAACCAGACUUCGGCAUUUGGCCAGCCAUCGCAACCUUCAUCCGCGUUUGGUCAGGCCAGUCAGUUGGGAGGAGGUACAUCGGCCUUCGGCCAAGCAUCGGCGCUUGGCCAGAAGCCCAACCCUUUCGGAACGCCUGCUUUUGGACAGCCAUCACAACCCAGUGGCACAACCAGCGCAUUUGGUCAGGCGAGCGCUCUGGGCCAGAAGCCUAGUCCUUUCGGCGGCGCUGCUGCGAGCGGGCCGAGUCCGUUUGCCAGUGCCGGAGGAGCGGCCAGCAAUGCCAGCCCGUUCGGUCAAACGGCGCAGAACAACAAUGCCAACCCUAGUCCGUUUGGACAAGCAGCCCAGAAUCCGAGUCCCUUUGGUGCGCCAGCACAAGCAAACCCAAGCCCCUUUGGCCAGCCAUCGCAGGCUGCAUCAUCAACCCCAUUUGGACAACCUUCUCAACCAGCUGCGUCUAAUCCUUUCGGACAGCCUGCUCAGCCCCAAGCGGCUGCGAGCAAUCCGUUUGGUAGCCAACCAGCUGCCCAGUCGAGCGACGCUUCGAUGGAUGUCCAGCCUACUGGUGCUUUUGGUCAGCCAGCUCAGCCUCAAGCUGCCGCCAACCCAUUCGGACAGAAUAAACCAUCGCCCUUUGGUACUGCGGGUGGCUUAGGCGGAACAGGGGCAGCAGCAGCACCCGCGAAUCCCUUUGGCGGCCAACCCGCUGCGCCAGCUGCUCAAGCAGCCGCAGCGCCCGGAGGCAGUCCCUACCCCCCCGGUAGCUCAAAGCAGCACCCGCCGGUGUCUAGCUACAGCACCAAGGGCAUGGACGGGCGAUUAUCGUCGUGGAAGGGUAAACCCGUGACCUACCAGGGCGAUGUACCUGGAAUUCGGGCAUUCAACGGAUCGUGGACGAGGAUAUGGUUUCCCAACGGCCCACCUAAUUACUACAAGGACACGGAGCUGCCGGACGAAGCGUACGAUGACAAGUCGAAGCAGCAAUGGCAGGCUUUUAUGCAAACAGGCAAGUUUGAGGGCGGGAUGCCUGAAUUGCCGCCAAAGAGAGAGUUUUGUCUCUGGGAUAUAUAA